GGCGCUCCUGCCGCUGAGCCCGGCGGCGGCUGCAGCGCUGUGGGCGCUGAAGGCGCGGCAUCUCGCGCCGGAGGAGCACUCCGCGCUGCUGGCUUGCUGGUGCCUCGGCCCCUGGCAGUGCGCGAAGGCGGCGCCGUGGAGGGUGCAGCUGGCGGUGCGCCUGCGGCCCAUCCCGAGCCUCGUCGAGGUGCUGAGCGGGCAGGAGCUGCUGGAGCGGUGGUCCUGGCGCCCCAGCGACGUCGUGGUCGCCGUGCCGCCCAAGAGCGGGACCACGUGCCUGAUCUCGAAGAACAAAAGACGGCAUACACAUAAUUCCUCCGAGUAA